AUGUCGUCGGAUGCGUCGGAGUUCGAUCCUGAUCGUAUCGAGUCUUACAAGUUCCCUGAGACGACUUACACCUAUUCGGAGAGAGAUGUAGCGCUCUAUGCGUUGGGUAUUGGAGCUUGCGCCCGGGAUGCUGUGGACGUCGACCAACUUAAAUUUGUUUACCAUGACAAGGGCCAGAAGUUUAUCCAGGUCUUGCCAACAUUUGCUGCUCUGUUCUCGCUUGGAUCUCUGCCAGGUGGUUUAGGUCUGCCAGGGUUGAAAUAUGAUCCUCGUCUUUUGCUGCAUGGACAACAAUACAUAGAAUUAUACAAGCCACUUCCUUCAAAUGCUUGUUUAAAAAAUACUGUGAGUCUUGCUGGACUCCAUGAUAAAGGUAAAGCUGCUAUUCUUGAGAUUGAAACAAAAAGUUACGACAAAGAUUCUGGUGCAUUGUUGUGCAUGAAUCGGACAACUGCCUUUCUGAGAGGUGCUGGUGGCUUCUCAAAAUCAUCUCAUCCAUAUUCAUAUUCAAACUAUCCAAAGGACAAGGUUCCAUCUGUGAAAAUCCCAAAAGGUCAACCUUUUGUAGUGUUUGAAGAUUGUACACAACCAUCUCAGGCAUUGCUGUAUAGGCUAUCUGGAGAUUAUAAUCCUCUGCAUUCAGAUCCUACAUUCGCAAAAGUUGCAGGAUUCACACGGCCGAUACUGCAUGGCUUGUGCACACUUGGAUUUUCAGUUAGGGCGAUUGUGAAAUGCAUUUGCAGAGGAGAUCCAAACCUGGUCAAAUGCAUAUCAGGCCGAUUCCUUUUACAUGUCUACCCUGGUGAAACUUUGCUCACUGAAAUGUGGCUUGAAGGCUUAAGGGUCAUAUAUCAAACAAAGGUGAAAGAACGAAGCCGGACAGUGCUUUCUGGAUAUGUGGAUCUCCAUGGUUUAUCUUCGUCGCUGUAA